ACAGCCUGUCGCACACGCACACAGAUCCUCGCUCACUGCUGCAAGGGCUGAGCUGCAACUAAAAACGCUCACUACAAUAAUUUCCUCCAACAUUUACCCGUGUCUUUCCCAUUCGACUUUAUCAAGAUCCGCCCCUCGACGAGUUUGCAGCAUCGAACACCUCCUCCACAACGGGGUUAUCCGACAUCUGAUUGGAUUACAGCGGGUUAGCCUUUGCCCUCUCACCUCCGUUGUUGAAUUUUGGCUAGCUGCUUCCUGCUCCCCCAGGAGGACCGUGAACCCAGCGGUGAAGCGCCCUGCGCGAAUACGACAGACCGGGACGUGUCGCCGCCACUACUACCAUUACCACUACCAAAACCAGCGACCCACCGAACACUCGGCAGGCGGACAAAACGGGACGAGAAGACCGCCAUGCGAAGGAAAUCGAGGAUAUUGUUAUGUUUUGCGGUGCUUUGGGUGCUGGGGAUCGCCUACUACUUCUACUCGGGGACGGCGUUGGGGCGAAAGGAUGACUGGGACUCGAGCGACGCGUCCCGCCGACACAGAGCUCAUAACACCGAUGACAAGACUCAGGAAGUUUUGCCGCCUGGUAAAGUCCGCUGGCAGGACUUCGACCAAGAUCUGUAUGUUGGAGCUACAGUGGUCCGACCAGGUCAGGACCCAUAUGCCAGAAACAAGUUCAACCAGGUGGAGAGCGAUAAGCUCCGUAUGGACAGAGCUGUACCGGAUACUAGACAUGACCAUUGCAGACAUAAGCAGUGGAAGUCAGACCUGCCAGCUUCGAGUGUGGUCAUCACCUUCCACAAUGAAGCCCGCUCCGCUCUGCUGCGUACCGUUGUCAGCGUCUUGAAGAAAAGUCCCGCUCACUUGGUGAAAGAGAUCAUCUUGGUCGAUGACUACAGUGAUAAUCCGGAGGAUGGAGCGCUGCUGGGCAAGAUUGAGAAAGUUCGCGUGCUGAGAAACGACCGCAGAGAAGGACUGAUGCGCUCGAGGGUUCGUGGUGCAGACGCUGCCACGGCGCCAGUUCUCACCUUCCUGGACUCUCAUUGUGAAUGUAACGACCACUGGCUUGAGCCGCUCCUGGAGAGAGUCGCUGAGGAUAAGACCAGGGUGGUUUCUCCCAUAAUUGAUGUCAUUAACAUGGACAACUUCCAGUAUGUAGGAGCGUCGGCUGAUCUCAAAGGAGGUUUCGACUGGAAUUUAGUAUUUAAGUGGGAUUACAUGACUCUGGACCAGAGACGAGCAAGACAAGGCAAUCCUAUCGCCCCCAUAAAGACUCCCAUGAUAGCAGGAGGUCUGUUUGUCAUGGAUAAGGAAUACUUUGAGCUUUUGGGGAAAUAUGACAUGAUGAUGGAUGUUUGGGGAGGAGAAAAUCUGGAGAUCUCAUUUCGUGUGUGGCAGUGCGGCGGAAGUCUGGAAAUCAUCCCGUGCAGCCGGGUUGGACACGUUUUCAGGAAGCAACACCCCUAUACCUUCCCUGGCGGAAGCGGCACUGUCUUUGCAAGGAACACCAGAAGAGCUGCUGAAGUAUGGAUGGACGAGUUCAAAAACUUCUACUACGCCGCCGUUCCCUCUGCAAGAAAUGUGCCGUAUGGGAACAUCCAGAGUCGUUUGGAUAUGAAGAAGCGUUUAGCCUGUAAGCCCUUUAAAUGGUACCUGGAGAAUGUCUACCCUGAGCUGCGUGUCCCGGACCACCAGGACAUCGCCUUCGGAGCCUUGCAGCAGGGAGGGAACUGCCUCGACACGCUCGGACAUUUUGCUGACGGCGUGGUGGGCGUUUACGAGUGCCACAACGCUGGCGGAAACCAGGUAGCGUUACUACGGCAACACACGCAGGAAUGGGCUCUAACUAAGGACAAGUCAGUCAAGCACAUGGACUUGUGUCUGACAGUGGUGGACAGAAUGGCCGGCUCCCUCAUCAAACUGCAGGGCUGUCGCGACAAUGACAGCAGACAGAAAUGGGAGCAGAUUGAGUCCAACUCGAAGCUUCGCCACAUGGGCAGUAACUUGUGUCUUGACAGCCGCAGUGCCCGCAUGGGUGGGCUCACUGUGGAGCUGUGCAGCCCCAACCUGAGCCAGCAGUGGAAGUUUACCCUGAAUUUACAGUCCUAGGGGGACAAACACUGCCACUAGACAUCAUCAUCCUCUGCUAAGAGCAUGACACACCAACUGACUUUAAGAACUUGUAGAAGAUGUCGACUGGAGGGGAAAGACAAACAUGAUGGAUGAAUGAGUCCAUCUUGCUCCUCCCAGGGCGGGUCUGAGAUCAUUUCUACACCACCACUCCCUCCUUCAACAUACAGACUGGCUGAGAGCCUUGUAGACCUUAAACAGGAAACUGACUAUAUUUUGUGGGAGGACCAGUGCCGGUGACGCUGAUGAUGAUGAUGAGGGGGAUGAAAGCGAUGAAGGCUUUCCAUCCAACUACUACAUACCUCAGUGUUUUUCUCAUUGAUGGUUCAAGAGGCAGAAUAACAUGAAUUCUCCAAGUCGGUUGUUUUCUUCAGUGCUGGUGGAAAUGAACUCUUCUGUGUUUUUAUUUUGUGAUGAUUUUCUUUUUGAUGUUUUAAUUACUGUUAAUUUGUGGAGGCUUCUAGGAGCUUUUUUUUUAAAAAACAAAAACAAGGUUUUCCAAACCUCGCCACAAUUGGAGGAAAAAGUUUUUUUUCUUCUUUUUGUCCUUAUGUUGAAUCGCAUCGGUUUACAGGAUCAGCAGCGAUGAGGUGGAUAAAAAAAUAUAUUUUCUACUAAUCUUCAGCCCUACAGUCCCCCCCUUUCCAACAAAAGUUGAGGAGGAACUUUUCCUCACAAUACACAGCGAAGCUCCUAAGGAAUUCUUGGAGAACAUGGAGUCGGGGAGUUCUGCUCUCUCCUCAGGCUGUAGCACUGGCUGCUGCACUUUAGCAUCCUUCUUUUUGUCUUUAAAGCAACAACACAGCACGAAGCUCUUAGAAGCUAAUUUUUUGUUUACUCUUCCUCUCUUAGGCAAAUUGGGAAAAAAAACUGUAAGGACAAUGAACUCUAGGGGACUGAUGUCUUUUCUUUACUCUUGCUGCUCUUUGGCUACUCCCUCAGGAGCGCCUCCGUUUUAUACAAUUUCUGUUUGCAUUGUGAUUUUAUGUUGCUCAGCACAUCAGACUGAAUUUGUGUUGUUUACUGUUACGGCAGUUUCUCUCUAGAGGUAACGGGAAUAAAUAGUGGAGCUUUUAUUAUCAA